GACAUAAUAGAUAUAACCUCAAAUUGAAAAAUUUUUAUCUCCUUUUUGCAGGAGUUUUUAAGUAUAAGUUAAGAUAAACGAGUUUACAUAACAUAAUUAUUAAAUAUUUUAAUGAUUGUUCAGUAAAUAGGUUGCCUAAAAAUGUCCUCUUUACUACGGUCGACCAAAUUUGUGCGGUAUUUCACUGGUGCGGCAAGAACCCUUAUACUUAACUCCGCUAAAACAGCAGAAGCAAAUUCUCUGAUCAAUCCAAAAUCGAUAUGUGCUUCUAACAGUAUCAUUUUACGAGAUUAUGCUACAUCGAAGAAAACAGAAAAUCUUGAGCCUUUACUCCAAAGGCUAGAUUCUGAAGUUAGAAGAUAUGGACGGAUAUCAAAAAAAGAUAUUGACGAAGUAUUUGAUGAGAUUCGAGCGAAAAAUGAUAUUACGAGUUCCCAAUCAUUGCUAGUGAUUAGGUGUUGUGGUGAACUGGUUCCUGAAGAACUUCCUGAGCAAAGAACUCUCUUGGUUCAAAAGAUAUGGAAUGUAUUAACAGAGAGGGGUGUCCCUAUGGAUGUCUCACAUUACAAUGCACUCCUACGGGUCUAUUUGGAGAAUGAACACCCCUUCUCGCCUGCUAAAUUUCUAGAAGAAAUGGAAAAGAAGGGCUUGCAACCCAAUAGAGUAACGUACCAAAGAUUAAUGUGGCGUUAUUGCCUAGAAGGUGAUGUUGAAGGUGCAACUAGGGUUCUUGAGAAAAUGAGAGAACUUAAUAUGCCAGUUUCUGAACCUGUUCUCAAUGCGUUAGUCAUGGGCCAUGCCUUCCAUGGUGAUACUGAUGGGGCUAAGGCUGUGUUGGAAACUAUGUCGGGUGCGGGCCUCACACCCUCUAACCGUACCUACACAUUAUUAGCAUGUGGUUAUGCAAAACAAGGUGACAUAGAAAAUGUCAAAAAAGUGAUUGCACUCGCAGAAGACAAAGAAUCUAUGUUGUCUGAUAAGGAUCUGUUAGAAAUUAUUGAACAUAUGGCAGUUGGUGGCCACGAUGACAAGGUAGAGGAAAUAUUCCCACAUUUACAUAAAAGUAUUGGUUAUAAUCAGGAAGUCUGUCACCUAAUUUUCAAGCUGUUAAAUAGAGGUUGUGAUAGUACUGCAAAAAAAGUCAUGAAAACAAUGCCUAAAUCCUCUAAUGUUGAUGAGACCAUGUUUAAAGGGGCUUUCUAUGUAAAACAUCUAGUAAAAUUAAACAGACCGGCUGAUUCUAUUAUUGCAUCAUGUAAAGAAUUACAAGAAGAAGGUUUGGUUCCGAGAGCUGUUUAUAUUGCAGCUGAAAUGUCACUACAGCUUGGACAUGCAGAAGUUGCACAGAAGUUAUUAAAGGAACUAAAAGCAGAAGGCUUUGAACUUCGACAACACUUCUACUGGCCUCUUCUAGUAAAAAAGGGCAAAGAGGGAGAUGAGGAAGGGCUAUUACAAAUCUUACGUGAUAUGACAAGUGAAAACAUUACCCCCAGUGGCGAAACACUCAGAGACUAUGUCAUCCCAUACCUUAUGAAGAAUGAUAAUCCACAAAAUGUCAUUUUGAAACUACAAAUUGCUAAUAUACCAGUUUUCCAUGGUGCCAGAAAUUUGAUUGUAGAAUUAUUGCGACUUGGCCGAAUAAAGGAGGCGGCAAAUGUGGCACUACAGUAUCAACCCAGGGGAGGGUUCUCAAUUGUAGCACAACCGCUUACCAAUGCCUUGAGUAAAACAAAAGACAUUGACUCCUUUAUAAAAAUUCUUCAUGUUAUUAGUAACAACCCACAAUUUCAAGCAGAGGAAGAUUCUGCAGCAGAUGUUUCACCUGUUAAUGAUUUAAGUGGUGAAGUGGGACGUGUCAUUAAAAAUGCAGUCAAAUAUUUAAAGGAACCAUCCCUGACUGAAAAGCUUUUGCAAUCUGUGCUUGAAAAAGGACUUCGCAUUAGUGUCCAAUCUGCAGAAGAGAUAGAGCAGUACCUAGGCAAUGAAAUGACCACAAAUAUUUCGCAAAUUUUGUCCAAACUUACAUCUCCUGAUCUUGAAUAUGCUCCGUUAACAUCAAAGAAAAUGGGUAUUAAUACUAAAUUAACAUCAGAAAAAAUAGAAAGUUUAAUAACCAAGAACAAAGAAAAAGGAAACAAUAUUACAAAGCUGCAGAAGCAGUUACUUCUGGCUUAUAUAGAUGAAAAUAAAAUUGAAAGGUUGGAUCAGUACCUUGAAGAAUUGAAGGCUUCUAAUUUUGAAUUAACUAUGGCAACUCUAACCAGGCUUUAUGAGUUUUAUGCAGAAAAUGGAGAUGUUGUAAAGGCUAAAAAUAUUGGAGAAUUAAUUAAGGAAAAGGAUCCCAAUUUCGUAAUAAAUAGAUACAAAAAGGUGUUGAUUGCAACUGCACUAAUCAAACAGAAUAAAUAUGAUGAGGCUUUACAAUUUCUUAAAGAUGAAAAGCCAGAAGAUGAUGUCAGCUCAAACUUUGUCUUGAAUGCAAAAUGCUGGCAAAUGUUAAACACAUUAGCUGAAGAAAAGGAUGUGACAAAGGUAAAAGAACUUACAGAAACACUGAUUAAAUACAACUAUGUUGCACCAUCAAAUGUAUUACUAGGACCAAGUAUUAAAGUGCACAUCUUAAGAGAUGAUCUUGAAGGAGCGCUGAGUGAAUUUGAAAAUUGUUGCAAUCAAUAUAGAAGCACUCCAUGGAAGGGAGAGUUGAUGAAAACUCUUAUACUGAAGGAAGAUGCUAAUAAACUGCAAUGGCUUGCUGAUUUAAGUACACAGAUCCACGGUGAAAUAAAUAUUCUGCACGAUUUGGUAUUAGCAUUUGUCGAAUGUGGACGAUUGAGACAAGCGCGCCGCAUAUUAGAAACGCCCGGUCUUCUGACACGCCAAAGAAGACUUAAUGAAGCUUGUGAGAGAUAUGUAGAGGAAGGCAAAUCGGAAUAUCUUGAGGGAUUAUUGGAAGCUACAAAAGACUUAUCAAUUGUUGAUCGGUCAAAUAUAUUCUAUCAUUUACUCAUAACAUACUGCAAGGCAGAUGAAACUGAAAAAGCUCUGGGCUUGUGGACCAUAUUACAAGAAGAGGGUGAAAUUCCCACUGACGAUUUCCUAGUUUAUCUCGGAAAUCAUCUCCAAUCAAAGAAUGUGGAAGUUCCAUUUAUCAUACCUCAACAAAAUAAUGUCCAAAAAACCAAAAAAGAAAGCUCUGUAAAGAAAGUAGUUGAGCCUGUGAAGCCCUCAAAAAAACAAGUGACAGAAGACAUAGAAAAAUUAGUGCAAUCUGGUUUAUAUACACAGGCUAUGGAUCAAACCAUUAAUUCAAUUCAGAGUGGUUCAACGCCUAAGUAUACAGUCUUGAAAUAUCUGCUAAAAAACCUAGCUUUAGAAGGAAACGUGGAACAGAUUGAAAGAUUGGGGAAAUAUAUUGACAACUCGAUGCAUAAACUUAUCAGUUAUGACGACAAAUUAACUCAAGCCAUUUUCCAUAAAGGAUCAGGAGAACAGCACCUAGAGAAGUUGCUAGUUGCAGCUAAAGCAGCAAAUAAUGAAGAAGACUUGAAACAGGUUUUAGUUAGAUUCCCUAGAAGCACAACACUGGCAGAAGCUGUAAAAAGCCCAGUGUUAGCUGAAAAAUGUCAAACAAUUGCCGACAUUGCAGCAAGUAAAGGUAUAUAUUUACCAGCAAACUUAUUGUGGAUGGAAUAUUUACUAGCUGGAAAGACGACAGAAGCACAAAUGUUUUGGGAUAAAUAUUUAAAGAACUCUGAAGUGGUAGUUUUCAGAAGAUUGCUUCAAGAGAGCCAUUUACAACGUAAUCCUAAACAAAUUCAAGAUUUAAUUCACUACUUAAAAACUAACACCAAAUUGCCACUCUCAACUGUUGGGAAUGCCUAUUCAAGAUUAAUUAAUUUACACAUAGUCGAAAAUAAAAUUGAUGAAGCAAAAACAGUAUUAGAUGAUGCAUACAAAUUUGGUAUAACCAAUGAGCAUUUGAAUAAAACAACCUUGCAAAGACUUCAGCAGGCCUUUGAAGCAAAUGGAAAACCGUUUGAGUAUUCCUUAUAAAUUGGUCAGAGUGACAUUGUUUGUAAAUCACCUAAUUUGUUUGCAGUAAAACUUUAAAUCAUAAUGGUUGUAAUUACAAAUGAAUUGAAAUAAGGCAUUUAUACAUCUGUAAGGGCUAAAUGAAUGUUAUUUCAAAGGAAACUAUUGAUACCUGGAUAUUUUUUUUCAUUUGGAGUACAAAAAUUACAUUAAUUUUUAUUUAAAGAAAAUCCAUUCUGAUAACAUAAUUAAAUAAUAAUCCCUCUCAAAAUUGUCACACACUUUUUUAGACCAACUUGUAUGAAUAGAUCAUCUCAUAUGAAUGUUUACAAUUAAAUGUAAAUAUCAUGUCUCACCACACCAAAUAUCUGGUUAUUUCUAUAUUUUACCCAUUGUUAAUAUAGUUUUAAUUUUAAUCCAUGUAGAAUUUAAUUUAGUUUUAAUAAAAAAAUAAAUUAUAUGUA